AUGUCUAGCAAUACGGACCACGGCGCCUUGCUAGACGAGCUGCAGGCACAGGUGAAUCUCGUGCUCGAGCAGACAGGCAGGGUGUUCGCCGCUGUGAACUCGACGCCAAAGGUCCCGCCCGUCGCACAUAUCACAAAGCUGCAGAAUACGAUUCCGAUUGCCUCAAAACGCUUCCAUCAAGCUUUGGAUCAACUCGAGAAUGAACUUCAAAUGGCGGCAUUAGUGAUGCGUCGCGAUCUUGCAGUGUGCAGGGAACAGUCUAAUACAGACAGCAAAGCAGCUCCCAAGGUUCCGAGUGAGUCUCUCACCACACCAAAGGCCGUCGCGAGUACCUCAAAUCUGGGAGAAGUCGGCCUUGGGAAGGCAGAAGAGAUCUUCAAGGAAGACAUUGCCAUGCAAGACCAGUCGCAUGAUCCAGCACCAGAUUUCCCUGUGAUAGAGGAGAAGCCAGUGCCGCCGGCUGCCGAAGUCGAUCAAAAGCCUGUCACCAAACCGAGUCCUGAUGCGAAGCCGAGUCCGGAGGAUGUGAGUAGAGAAGCAGUACCUAGAGCUGCCAACGGAAGUAGCAAGGAGGAAGGCGCUCCUCAGCAUGACGGGCUUUCCAUUGAGACUGCAACAGCCGAACAGGAUUCCAAAGUAGACUCCAAAUCCGGAGAGGAGAAGGCACCGGACACAGCCACUGGAGACAUGGACUCGCUCUUCAACGAUCCCAUCAGCGCCGAAGAUGCCGCUGCUGCUAAUGCCUUUGACUUCGAUCAGAACAACUCCAACGAGCUGGACUUCGGCUCCUUCAGCGCUGGCUUUGACUCCACAGGUGCGGAUAAUGACAAUAUCUCCUCCCUAUUGCCUGGCUUGGAAGACUACGCAAAUACCCAACAGAAUGCAGCUGCCGACGUGAUGGAUUUCAGUUCCUUCUUCAACACCGGCGACGGUGGCCAAAAUACAGGAUUGGACCAGCAGGCUUCCGGAGAGCAGCGAGACACCACCUUUGACGAUCUCAUGGACCUGGCAAAUUUCGAGGGCAUGGACGGCGACGACAGUAACAAUAACGGCAACAACCACAACGCUGAUCUUGAUUUUGAAGCUUUGUUUAAUUGA